AUGUCUGGUAAAGAUGCAGAAGAUUUAGCCGAUAGCGAAUUCAACCAGAAAUGGAAGGCAGUAUCUGGCAAUACCGUCGCUGGCACAUACGAUCUCGUUCUGAAGGAUGUUGAAAGCGUCCGAGAAUGGAGAGCAAACGGCGAAGUGGAGGCCGAUGCACCCAGUACUCCAGCCCUCGAUCGGAUCCAAGCUUUGUGUCAACUCGCCAAUGUCGAUUUUGACUGCUGGAGGACGAAAGGCAGUGGCGGGUACGGCAGAAGCAUCAAGGGAAAUAGAGGACAGGAAGAAGCCCAAGGCUCCUCCGAGCCUCUAUAA